GGGGCACAGAUUCCUUCGUCGCUUCUGUUCCUUUACAAAGCUUUCAUUAUUCCCCUUUAAACUAGUUUUCAGAGAACACCAUGGCAUAUAGUAGGAGAAGUUUUGGUGGUGGUGGUGUCAGGGGAGGUGGCAAAGGCUUUAGCUCCCUCUCAGUUGGUGGAGGUGGAGGUGGAAGGAUAAGUGUAGGGUCUAAAUCGGGUGGCAACUUUGGAGGACAAAGUCUACACAAUUUUGGUGGGAGGAUGAAAACCUCAAUUAGUGCAACCAGUGUUCGAGUUGGGGGAGGAUAUGGUGGUGGAGUAGCAGGGGGAUAUGGUGGAGGUGGAUAUGGUGGAGGUGGUGGAGGAUAUGGUGGAGGUGGUGGAGGAGCAGGGGGAUAUGGUGGAGGUGGUGGAGGAGCAGGAGGAUAUGGUGGUGGUGCAGGGGGAUUUGGUGGAGGUAUUGGAAGUGGUGGAGGAGCAGAAGGAUUUGGUGGUGGUGGUUUUGGUGGGCAAGGUGGAUGGGGCGGCCCUGGAGGUGACCCUGGCUUUCCAGUUUGCCCACCUGGUGGAAUUCAGGAGGUCACAAUUAACCAAAGUCUUUUACAACCAUUGAAUGUUGACCUCGACCCAGCCAUCUCAAAGAAUAAAACAGAAGAAAAAGAACAAAUCAAAGUACUCAACAACAAAUUUGCUACUUUCAUUGACAAGGUUAGAUUCCUGGAACAGCAGAACAAAGUGCUAGAGACAAAAUGGAGCCUUUUACAAGAGCAAGGGCAGAAAGGUGGCUCACAGAAACUCAACCUAGAGCCAAUUUUUGAAGCCUACAUAAGCAAUCUGCGGAGGCGGCUUGACAGCAUACUAGGCGACAAGGGGCGUUUAAGCAAUGAAUUAAAGAAUAUGCAAGACCAAGUAGAAGACUUCAAGAAAAAAUAUGAAGAUGAAAUUAAUAAACGAACUAAAGCAGAAAAUGAUUUUGUGGUGCUUAAGAAGGAUGUAGAUGGUGCAUACAUGAAAAAGGUACAGCUGGAGACCAAUGUGGAUCUUUUAAACAGUGAAAUUGAAUUCCUGAGGAGACUAUAUGAUGCUGAAUUGUCAGGAACUCAAGGACAAACCACAGAUACUUCAGUCAUCCUGUCUAUGGACAACAACCGCGAUUUCAACACAGAUGAUCUUAUCAGGCAACUGAAAGCCCAAUUCCAAGAGCUUGCAGAUAGGAGUAAGGCAGAGGCAGAGGCAGCGUUUGAUUACAAGUACCAACAGCUUCAAGUAGAAGCAGGACGAUAUGGUGAUAAUCUAAAGAGCUCUAAGAACGAGACUGCAGAAUUGAACCGCGCAAUCCAGAGACUAAAAGCGGAAAUCGAGGCUGUAAGGAAACAGAUUGCAGCUAUCCAGAAGGAAAUUGCUGACGCAGAGAAACGUGGGGAAAGUGCUCUGAAAGAUGCUAGUAAGAAAUUGACUGACUUGGAAGCUGCUCUGCAGAAGGCCAAGGAAGAAUUGGCUCGCCAGCUACGUGAAUGCCAGGAACUCAUGGCCGUUAAACUGGCUCUUGAUAUUGAAAUUGCUACCUACAGGAAACUACUGGAAGGAGAGGAGGGGAGAAUGUCUGGACAGAUUGUCAGCAAUGUCAGCGUCUCUGUGGUCAGCGGAAGUUCAUCCACUUUUGCUGGUGGAGCAGGAGGAGGAGGAGCUGGUGGCGGAGGAAGCUAUGGAUCUGGUGGUGGAGGAGGAUAUGGAUUUGGUGGCGGUGGAGGAGGAGGAGGAAUUGGAGGAUAUGGCUCAGGAGGAGGGUAUAUCUCUGGGGGAGGAGGUGGACAUUCAGGUGGAGGAGGAUAUUCAGGCGGCGGUGGAAAUAGCUCAGGUGGAGGAGGAUACAGCUCAGGAGGAGGAGGGUAUAGCUCAGGUGGAGGAGGAGGAGGAGGGUAUAACUCAGGUGGAGGAGGGUAUAGCUCAGGAAGCAGAAGCUCAGUAGCAGUUGCACAUACAACAUCCACAACAAAGAAGACCUAUUAACACAGCUAUAGUCGUCAAAGUCUAACCUCACUAUACCUUUUUCAUUAAGCCCCAAAUUGGUCAAGUUUGACUAUUCCAUUUAAAUAUAUCAUCCUGUUUAUAUUUUACCAGUAAACCCUUGGUUAGAAUGCAGUAAUACCAUUUUACAGUACACCGUGACACUGCAAAUGACAUGUCAAAGAUUAGAAAUAAUACCAAGAUUCAUAUUGUUAUAUCUAUUCUGUAAGUAACAGCAAUAGCCUAGUGUAUGCACUGUGUAUGAAUGAACUAUGAUAUUCCGACAACAUACUGGGGGAUUUGUGUAAAGACAUCAUGGACUAGGUAGCUUUAAUGCCAGAGAAAUAAAGCUCUUCAACUCUGAUAAAUUGUCUUAAUAAUGCACCACUGGAAAGUGGUGCCCUUUAUGCAGUGAAUGUUCUGCGGGUGUUAACAGCCAUGUGUCUUAUUUUCCCUGCUUGUCUUUAUUUUUUGAAUUUUUGGGAGGGAGGGAUCCUUGGUGUUAUGUAUAUAAAACACUUCUGAUGCAUUUUGGGGUCUUUCAGCUCCAGGCUACAAAUUCUUGACUUUUCUGUAAAACUUUAAUAAAGAGCAUGUGGAUCUUA